UCCAGUCCUCUCCUCUGCUUGAAAUCUAUCUUCGGCUCCAACCUCAUCCCAAAGGCGCCAGAAGAUCCCCUAUAUGGGUUAGUGCAACACCAAGCCGACGAAUGUCCUACCAAGGUCCACUUCGGUGUCGGUGCCUGCAGGGACGAUAAUGCGAAACCAUGGAUUCUCUCGGUAGUGAAGAAGGCAACUGCCAUCCUGCGACCGUUCUUCUUCCACGAGGAUCUUGAGCUCAACCAUGAAUACAUACCCAUUGCCGGGCUUAUUGACUUCAACGCGGCAACCUAGCGGCUUAUUCUGGGUCCGGACUCUCCUGCCAUCUGCGCUGGUCGAGUGUGU